AUGGCAUCUGUUAAGCCUCCAGUUGACAAACACUCACAAAACUUGACACUCCAUUGUAUUGAGCUACAACAUCAUAAACGACGUAUGCGGUUGAUGCUGAUGGCAGCACAGCACCAGUAUGGAGAAGCAGGGGUAUAUGACAUUGAUUUUUCUGUUUCUGGUAAUGUAACAAUAAUCAUUAAUGUUUAUUUUUUAUGCCUGGGAUUCCAGAGAUGUUGGGGAGGGGGAAGUGGGGAGAAGGGGGAGGGAGUGCUCAUUUUCACACAAUUUCAUCUCAACCCGUCAUAAUGAUUAUUUGUGUGGAGCCACAUUCUUCACUGCCUCUUGUCAACUUGUCUUGUGAUUACAUAAAUUUUAACUUUCUUGGGCAACUUUGAUACCUAACUUUAUGUGCAAGAGAAAGAGGGCUUCCAAAUGUUUAGGACUCAAUCUAAGAGACCAAAGAAAAUUAUUUCUUAGGUUCUAACAAAUUUGAUUGCCUAAUUAAGGAGAUGCUCUUUAUAAGAAAACUCAAACCAUCCCUAAACGUGCAGGCAGACUCGAUUUGCCCAAAGGUGUUCACUUGAAGAACUUGUGAUCCUUUGUUAUUAUGCUAAUUUGUAGAGACUAUAGAAAUCAAAUCUUGGCAUUACUUAUUCAUUUUGCCUUGAGAAUGGUGUCAUGAUGAUACUGAAACGUCGGCUUUUAACAUUAAUAUUCGCUUGCUUACAUUUUAUUAAUAGCCUCAUAAUUAUAAGUGUUAUCAGGAGAAAACUGAUUUUUCUAAUCUUUGGUGACUUUGCAAAGGGUUAACUGACAGACAUCCAAUAACAUCACGACUUAAUUGACCAGUGAGGUCAAUAACCAUUGUUUGAUACCAGUGGCGGAUCCAGAGGGAGGGCUGUUCUCAAAAAAAAUUUUUUUCAGCCCUUUGGGCCUCAGUUUGGUCUAAAAAUAGGGGGCAUGGGGGCCUAGGCCCCUCCCCAGGAUCUGCCACCAGAUACCAUCAACAGUACUGAUGUCAGACCUAUUCAGGACCCCAGUGUUCGUACCAGGAUUUUCCACCCAUAGAGAAGCUACAGCUGUAAAAGGGGGUCAUGAGGGAGAAAAGUGGGUUACAAUUUUUAGAUACAGUUAAUUCAAUGCUUAACUCACAGGUCUGAGUUAGAGUAAAUACCUCAUACUUUCUUAGAUAAUAAAUAUCCAAUUUUUACAUGCAGUUAACUCAACAUUCUACAGCUCUGAGUUAGAGUAAAGAUGCCAUAACCAAUUAAAUCUUGGCUUAUAUUAUAAGGUUCAAUGUACGUAUGUAAAAUACAUAUGUUUUGUAAAAGGUUUUCUUUUCCUUCUUUGCACCUUUGGGACCCCUUGGGCCAAUUAUAGUGUGGUAUUUCCUGAAAAAGUGCUGGAAUGCUGUGGUCUGUUAAGAACACUGGGAUCCUAUAUGCUACUCUCACCUAGACAAUCAUAUUCCACUUAGUACUUAAUGAAACAACUCUUGGGUUCAAGCCAUUCGCCACUUGACAGCUAUAGUAGUUCAAUUUAAUGGUACUGUAUAGUUUUAUUUUUAUAGCAAAUACAUGUAGGAUGAAGUUCCAAUUCCUCAAAUUAUUUUCUUUCUUUCUUGUGAGAAAUAUAAACUGAGUCAUGCAUCUGCAUGGUCACCUGAGCUUGUCUUUGACCGAAAAUUUUGUUGUUAUUAGAGAUCUGAUGGUGCUGAAACAACUUCAUUACCUGCUCAUCCACCCAGACCCAAGAGAUUCUGCUCCAGUCAAGGAAUUGUCACACCGCCAACUCAGUCCACCAUUCUUUCAAGAGCUAAGGAAUCUGUUAGGUAAUACUCACUUAGCUGCUUAAAUAAAGUUAAGUUGUUAAUAAGGCACCAGAAUAGCAGUCAUGGUCUGUAUUUAUUUAACUCCCGAUCUGACUACCUACCAGGAUUCAAACGUAAAGGAUGAUCUUGUAAUUUGCCAGUGAUCUUUUUUCUUUUAACCUCUUAGGUCUUCUUAUCUUUCUCUAUUCAUAAGAACCCUAGCCUGCAUUGCAGUCAGACUUCUCACUCAGGACCUAAACAGGGGUUUCGUUUCAGGCCGGACGCCAGACGCAACGUCUGGUUGUUUGACAUGUAAUGUCUGGUACUUCACACACAAAAUAAUAAUUAUUUUUUUAAGUGUGAAAAUCUUUUUUUUCUUUACUAACGAAAGAAAGACUUGACCUUUAUUUUACCCACUUAGUUAUGUAAUGCAAACAAUCGAAAAAAAAAAGAGAUAAUUCCUGUCAUAAUCCCGGUUACCCAAUUCCGGUCCAGGGAACGCAGGAAAUUGCAUUUUAGAGAGUCCAAUUUUACAAAUUUCCCGGGGGGGCACUCUCCGGACCCCCCUAGGAGUUCAUGCCUCUGACACUCAACGGCGUGAAUGGUUCACGUCCACCAGCUGAACCACUGCAUCUGGUACUUCCAAAUGCUACCAAAAACCCUGCCUAAAUACACUGUAGAGAAAUCAGACUUACUAUUGAUGCUGUCUAGGGAUUUAGACUGUCCAUGAGGCAGACUGAAGAACCCUUGCACUAUUCAGGGAGAAGAAUUAGGUAAACGUCCAAGGUCGUUGUCUGAUUUUUUUCACUCUGGUAACAGCUGAUGGGUCCAAUACAUGUAGGCUGACAUGUAGGCAAUUUCCUUUAUAACCAAAACCUAAUUAUUCAUGAUUGUAUUGGUCUUUGUAGUAGUUAAAGUGAUAAUAUUAUGAAAACUUUUCUCUCAUGUAAUCAGUAAAUUAUCAAAAUAAAAAAUGAACAUCACAAGUUGAUUAAUGUAAUCGACCCUGAUAACUCGAACUUUUUUUUUGUUUUCCAUCACAGUUCAAGUUAUGAGAGAGUUCUUCUGUAAUAUAUUUUUUUUGUAUUGGUUAAUUAUAAUAAAAAAUUUUGUAUCUCUAUUGCAGCCCUCCUGGAACACAUUCUACACUAGCAUGUGCUGAGUUAGACAGUGCAUCCAACAGACACUUACUGAUGAGAGCUGCAGCCUCCUUGUGUGCGCUUGCAGGAUUUGAUAGUGAGUUCCUCUCUCUAUACAAGUACUCAGCACAAUUCAUCUACCAGUAAUCUGUAGUUUUCAGUUUUAAAGUUUUCAGUUUUUUUUUUAGGAUUAAAAUCUUUUACGUUCAUGGAUUGAUACCAAGGUAUUGGUCAAAGCGUUUGUACAAGUAUGAAAAUAUUGAAGUAUGAAAAUAUUGAAAAAUGUUUUGUAAAGGUCUUGACCUGCUGCGUUUAAUAGUGACCUAAUGCAACAAGGUAGCUGGGACGUAGAGGUUUGGUGUCAAAAAUAGCAACCGGAAGUUGAUAUUUUCUGUUUUGCAGUGCUUUGACUCAACAAAUUCUUACAGCAGGAGUCAAAACAAAGGCAUUCAGAUUCAUUGUGUGAGAUUUCCGUCAAGUGAAACAUCGAACUUCCGGGGUCAAAAAUUUGUGUACCGGACACAUAUGACGUUCAGGGAGAAAUUUGCUUUUAAAUUUUCUUCAACUUUGAAUGUAAUAGCCUGGAAAGUACAUUUUUUUAAUGAUUUUUGGGUGUCCAAGACAGAAACAUAAAUAUAGCCGCCAUGACGUCAUGCGAAAGCACUCUAUACUCUAGUUAACUCUUUUGUAUUUCCUCAGUGGCAAGUGAAUCUGCUCUGGAGAUACUUACAGACAUCCUAGAUGACUUCAACACCAAGCUUUGUCAUCUUUUGCGAACUGCAGUUGAUAAUGAAGCCCUAAAUGGAAGAAGUGGCUUUUCAGUAAGUGACUCAGGAUACGAUAUGUUUGCAGCCAUGCAUAGAUCUAAUCUUGUUGAUUGAGUUUAACGCUGAAGUUGCUAAUCCUACCUGAGAAUACAGUUGACUCCCGAUAACCGAACCUUCUAGUAGGGAAAUAGAAAAAAGUUCGGGUUAAUAUCGGGAGUUCGGUUUAUCGGUUGAAAGCAAAUAACCCGAAAUAAGGGAAUAAGCAUAUGGAAUGGGAAAGGAAAUACGUAUCAUGCAUACUUUACUUCAAGGGUUAGUUGACAUUUUGAAAGGGGAAUUAAGCAACAAAGCUUGAUGGGCAAAAAAAAGAAAGACAAAGAAUACACGGUCGUUUUAAAAUAAUUCAAAAUAUCGGACUGCACUGCACUUUUUUUGUUUUUGUUUUUAUCGAGGGUAAAAUUAUAUAGAAAUGAUCUGAGGGGAAACAUAAAAUUACUUCGAGUUAGCGGGAGGUUCGAGUUACCGAGAGCGCAAGGUUCGCAAAAGCGAGGGUUUCUCUAACUCUUAGGGCCAGUUAUUUAAACGGAGUUUUGCCUGCGUUUAACAAAAUUGCGUUGUGUGCUGUUGGAAGUCAUUUACAGUUUCCCCAGCGCUUUUAUCUAAACACCAUUUAUCGUGAAUAAUUUCAAUACCGCAUAUAGCGUAGAGUGAAAAAGCACUUAUUUUCUUAAAUUGACCCACUAACAAAGAAAAUAAUCUUGAGGUCCAAUGAUUUCUUGCGUCCUAAGUUAGACUUUGUUUAAGUAACUGACCCUUAGUUUUUAACACAUGAUUGUAAUUCCUCCUUCCGAUAAGCUUCUAGAGUCCAUAAUCAAAGACUUAAACAAACUUCCAGCCUUUACUAAUUCCUCACUCCAGAUACUGAUUUUGAUAAUGAUGACGAGUGCUAAAUUAUGUAAAUGUUUUGACUGGCUUGAACUUAAGACACAGAGUGGUUAUCCUAGAUAUCAUAACUGAAACUUACACAGUCAGUUUUUAAACCAACUGUUUUAAUUUUGCACUCUUUUGUUUUACCCCUGAAAAUUUUGCUGAAAAUCACCUUUUGAAGCUACAAUCGGCGACAAAAUGAGUUGAGACACUUCGCCCAAAACUGGGUUUUUUUACGUUUUAUUAACUUCAAAAAAAGGAAAUAUUGCUUUCCUCCUCCAUCCCCUCCGUGCAAUGUUGUGCCCUUGUUGUAGCUACCUGUAGAAAACAACAAACACCCCAACUUUGAAUGGAGGGGACAGGGGAGGGGUGCGGAUUCUUUUGUUCUCCGAAGUUACCCUAGUUAAGCACAAUGUCUCAACAAUUUUGUUGCCGAUUGUCUGAAUCUCAAAAGUGGUCGUACGUCCUUUAGAAAGUUAAUUGAAUUUAUUUCUUUAUGCUGUGAUGUAAGACCCCCGGUGGCUUUUUAUUUGUUGUGUUCGACUUCAUCAUACCUAUUUUAGAACAAUUAGAAUAAGGCGAUUUCGUUAUUUUCAGAGAGUAACAUUUCGUGUCACGCUUAAGCGUGCCUUGACACCGUGCGAUGUGGCGCGUCGCGCACGAUUUCUUAUUCUCUCCUUUAUCGAAGCGCAUCGAAACAAAGAAAAAAGUGAAAAGGGUAGAAAACUUAAUAGAUUUCUAGGAUUUCUAGGAUUUCUAGGUAGUUAUAAUGGCUAAAAUUGCUCUUUAGGAGGAAUUUCCACGAGUAACCACGAUGAGUAUAAAAUAAAAUAAUCGGAUUAUCUUUUAAGAACAAAGUUGGUUACUCGUGGUUACUCGUGGCCAGUCUCCUCCUGACCUCAUACUUUCUACUGUAAAGUACAUUCUUCAAAGACCCUUAUGGGUAUAUGGGCAACGAAUCUGCUGCACAGAUUUAGCGAUGCUAUGCAGCUGUGCUGUGCGUUAGAAGUUGGAACAUUUUUCCUGAAAAUUCUCCUGCGCAUAGCAAUCGUGGCUAUUUUAUCGUCCAUCACACCCUUAUCAAAUAGCCAAACUUCGACUAAACACUUUGAACUUACUAGGGAUAUAUUCAAAUACAAUAUAUUAUCUGCCAUCGAUUCCUACCGAUCACACUUAGUUACCAGAAGAAAAUCAACCAUUCGGUACGUGGGUAUGCUGCGUAAUUAAUUGAAAACACUACCGAGUACAAAGAUUGUCAAAACUAAUUUCCCCUCGAAAAACACAGGAAAGGGAUUAUAUGGGUAUUUUAUCUAUCUUCUGAAAAACGACCCGGUGAAUAUAGUAAUCUCAACUAGUUACCGUCUCCUAACCGAUGCUAAUAAGACAACAGCGCGUAGAUUUCGAUCCAGACAAUCGGCGACAAAAUGAGUUGAGACACUUCGCCCAAAACUGUGCUUUUUUACGUUUUAUUAACUUCAAAAGGAAGAAAUAUUGCUUUUCUCCCCCAUCUCCUCCGUGCAAUGUUGUGCCCUUGUUCUAGCUACCUAUAGAAAACAACAAACACCCCAACUUUGAAUGGAGGGGACAGGGGAGGGGUGCUAAUUCUUUUGUUCUCCGAGGUUACCCUAGUUAAGUACAAUGUCUCAACAAUUUUGUCGCCGAUUGUAGUCGAGCUGUUUUCUGUCUACUUAGGCUAUAAGAGGCCAAAAGCGUCUUCCUCAAUCGUUGUUGCCGUAUUCCGUAACCUUUGGUUAUUACUAGUACUAGGAGUAUUCGGAGCUUAAGAGAGUGCGUUCGUCGUGUUUGUUAGCUAUUUAGCAGUGGGCUAAACCUCUAAGUGAAGUGCAUGUAAAUAACAACGGGUCAAACACUGACUAUGAUCCUCAGGAUAUUCUUUUGCACUGUAGGAUGGUCAAUAAAAUUGGCUACGAAUUGGGAUACAGAAAAUUAAAGUCAUCUGACAAGUUAUUGAUUGAGAUGUCAAAAAUAGAACUAACUUUAAAUCUGAGCUCAUAAAAAAACAAAUACAGUGUGCAGAACACAUUUUUGAGAUGAUACAGCUGUAUCUACAUAUCCGAUCGUAUCUUAGAAUGGAGUUUUUCCUAUUAAAAAAAAAACUUAAUUGAACACUGCGAGAAAACGGUAAACAAAUCUAAACAGAAAUUCGAUUAUCGCCAAUAUUUCGUCUGUGAACGAGUCUCACAAAAUAGAUACCAGUGAGAAAAACUGUUGCCAACGCAGCCAACGAUCAAGAAAAAGAUGAACAACGCUUUACGAAGACAGGAACCACUACGCUAGUUAGAGCGUCAUAGUGAGGCACAACGUAUGCUAGCCCCUCAAAGCGAGGCAAAUGUUUGUCGACACAAAUGCAAUCUCAGAAAAUCCCGCCUAUUAAUUGCACAGGACACCCAACAGAAAUUAGGGGUUACGUUCUCGUACCUCGAACGCAUAACAGAUGCUGGCGUGCUAAGCUGGCUCGACUGCAUGCAGCACGACACUAGCACGACUUGGUUUCAGAAGUUGAAUUUAAUUCUGUCGAAUAGAACGGCUGUUGCCUAAGACAAAACGCCAAAAAUAAAGAAACGGUAAAGCAACCUUUUAACUGUUUUCUAAUAUAUUUAUAAUUUAUUAAUUGAGUUCGGCACGGUGGUAGCACGACGUUUGAAACCAAGUCGAGCUACUGCCGUGCUAAAAUCGAAUUUAAUUCUAUGAAUUGAGUUUGGCACGGCAGUAGCACGACGUUUGAAACGUGCCUUAGAUGAUUGGCACGUCACUGCGGUAAUGUAUUGAUAUAAAAUUGAACUUUUCAAAACAUCAUUUCCCCAUUACUUUAUUUAGGAUGCAAUGGAGUAUGCCCUGCAUGAGAUAGGCCUCGGUGGCUGUGCUGCUAUUCAAAAGUAUUGGACUCAAGGAGUGCAAGACUAUGCUGUCAGACUGGACCAAGAGGAUAUGGAGAUGAUACAAGAUUACAAAUCUUUUCUUGUGAGCUAUUAUAUUUACCUAGUGACAUUUUGUUCCUUUUUUUUAUAACAACUAGCAGUUCUUGAAGUGACUGAGGGUAAAUUUUAUUCCUCAAACAUGAGUACCACGGUAUAGGGCUUUAAGUAGCUGGAGUCUGCCUUUUUGCGAUGUUAAAGGUUUAACCCAUGUAUAAGCAUCCCUGUACUGUAGAAGGAAAAAACACGUACAGAAUUUCUGGAGUCUCAAAAGUCUUCCUAAAGCAUGAAGUACAGAACUAAUUACUUUUUUCUUGAGUCUUGUGUAAGAAAAUAACUUUAUAAUGUAGUUCCUCAAGUUUUCAACUAGCACACUCACAGCUCUGCUAAAAGUCACCUACGACAGCAGACGCGCAGGUGACUUUCGCAGAUAGCUGGAAGCCUUCCACAGGUAAAUGCCUUCCGCAGAUAGCUGGAGACUUUGUCAUGGUCCCAGCCGCGAUACCUCUCAUUCCAAAGGGGACACAUUCUCUGGACCCAAGAAUAGGGCCAUUUAUACGAGGACAAAUAAGACGCGUCUUACAUUAGACGCGUCUUAAAUAAGACGCAAACUGUACCAUUUAUACGAGCAUGUCUUAUCUAAUAAGACGCGUCUUAGCUAAGCCGCGUCUUAUUUUAGACGAAAUGUGCCGUUUAUACGGAAAGUUCGCGUCUUAUGUAAGACGCGUCUUAUUUUUCCUCGUAUAAAUGGCCCUAAUGUCCUCUUUUCAGAGAUUCAAUUACAGUGACGUUUAAGGAAAAUAGUUACAGCAACAUUAAAUCAGGUUGUUGUCUGUCAUUUCAGGAUCCAGCAACGAAGUCCUCACCUGCAGGUGCUGAUUUGGGAGUUUAUAACACGUAAGAGUUUUAAUAAUCCACCGUACCUUUUGAAUAAAUAACAUUUUCAGUCAUGUUUAAAACCUGCUUUAUUUGUUAGCUGUGUUAGUCGAUUAGCUAACUCUGAAACUGAGGGAAUCUUUUCUUGUUCUGAUUGUGUUAUAAACAGAUGAGAUCUUUCUGAGGUAGAUACUCUGGGUAGAGCGAUUUUCGUAUGAGCUUGAAAAGUGGUUUCGGUAUAAGUUUUUGUUAUUUGUUUUGUCAGCCAAUGGAUGAAAAGAUCAAAACAUGGACUCUUGGUUUUCCCCUCCAAAGAAAACCCUAAUGUAAAGAAGGCAUUGUUCGAUUGGCCAAUCGUGUUGCGGUAUGACGUCAAAGCGAAGUAUCGAUGGAUUUCUAGAAAGUUCUUGGGCAUGAAGUUUCUUCAACCUGAGCGUUCGCUUAAUAACCAAACAAAAGCUACAAGCGUUUGUAUCCCUUCUACAAACCAAUCAAAUCGUUAUAUUUCCGUUCGUUUGUUGUUUCUGUUUUGUUCGUGCGUUUUUAUUUCAAGGUCAUACGAAAAUCGCUUUAACCAGUCACCUGUGCGUCACAUGUUUUUUUUAACGAAAUGGAACCCCGUAUACGUUGCCAAGUCAUUCCUUGUUCUUGUAUUGGAAAAUUUUCGGUCCGUAGGUAACUUACUGCACGGAGGCAUUGAAGUUUAUACGAAAAUGUUUUCCUUCAAUUAAGUGCAUCCUUGUUCACAAAAAUAGCUAUCAAAAUAAAGUUAAGUUUCGGGGUUUGGAAUCUUCCCGUCUAGUAAAUCUCUUUGUUUGUAGAUUUGUGUGCUUGUGGUCUGCGGAUACACUUGUCCUUGCCGCCAGGGACAUUUACCUGUUCCAAUAAAAAAUCAGGAUAGUGUUUUCAAAGCCUGUAGAAUCGUCAGUUAGUCGGACGGUUAUUUCUUCAAAGUUCCACCGAAUACAAAGGUAUUAUAAUAAAUAUCUUGUUUUCUCUGCCCGUACCGUACAUUCCUUUCCAAACCAGCCAGAAAUAUUUUUUCAAGAAUUGUUCACCCUUCGACUUGAUUUUUAGUUACACAUUAAGUGACUCACUCUGAACUCAGUUGAUUCCUUUCGCCUACUAGUACCUUCCACCGCCCUAAAAUUAUCGUUGGAUUUUUAUGGUCCUUUCUUCUACUGUUUUAAAAGUUCACACUGCUUUGUGUAUAGAAAAGAAAAAAACAUUGAAUAUGGUGUUGAAUAGUAAUGUUCUUUGAAAACAUUAACGAUGCUUAAAAAAGUCCCGCCGGGUACUUAGUCCGGGUUGAGUAGAUUUUCUUGCUUGGCAAGUAACGUUUAAAGCUUACUUGCCCUAUGGGCACUGUUGUCGAGGCAAGUCAUCCUCCUACUAAAUCAUCGACUCGGACAAGCAAGUAGACUACGAGCAGUCUCUCUUUUUUUUUGGGUCCGUCAAGAAAAUUCGCGAGACACGCAAAUGACCAAGCACGUGACCGCCCUCUUUUCUAACGUCUCGCGGCUUCGUCGCUCGCUGCUCGCGCGCGCGUGCAUUCCCAUCACUAAAUGUUAAGAAAAAGAGAGACCGCCCUCAGUCUAACAAGCGAGUAGUUGCCCCGGGCAAAAUGUGAAAACUGCUUGCCCAAAGGACGUGCUGGAAUUCAAGUGUUUGUCGAGCCCUGACAAUUUUUUUCUGAUAUACUGUAGGAUUAAAGAAGAUGUGAACGUUAAAGGAAGUGGAGCGUUGUAUAAGACGUCUGUUGGG